CUCCCCCCUCACACUGUGGCUGUAGGAGGAAGAGCCCCGGGAGGAGAAGGGUGCGACGCGCCGCGCCCGCGUGUCAAUGGCAGCCGCACAUUCUGGAAGAACCCCGGGAAGAAAGGCCCAAAGGAGAAACCCGGAUACUCGGCUGGUGUGGCCGCGACCAGCGAGGGAUGCGGGAGGUGUGCACGCAGCAGGGACGGAGGCUCGGUUUCUGGGCUCUGGCACCCCCACGAGGAACGGGUGACGGCGGCGCUCGGGGCGCCGAGUGAGGCGGCGCGGCGAGGCCCGAGUGCCGUCCCAGGGGCUGGAAGCGCCGAGGUGCGCGGAGCAGGAGCAGGGAACAAAGGAGCGGCUGGGGAGGGGAGUGAGUUGGGCGAGGGAGAGUCCCCGGCUGGCUGCCAGAAGAUCCCGGCAGGAGGAAGCCCAAGUGUCACUUGAAUUCCACCCAAGAAGCGGGCGCCUGGGAUCCGAGCGCCUCGUGUAGCAAUAACUACUGGAGCGAGUUCUGCAAGUUACCGGAAAGUCCGCUGGGAAGGAGGACAGCCGCUUGCCCCCUACCCCUCCGCUCCUGAGCCUUCCGAGACCCCAGUAGUGUCUUGCGCUGGAAGGACAACUCGAGAAUGAAAAGCAAGAAAGGUGUUGUUGCAGCUUCCGGCAGUGAGACUGAGGAUGAUGACAGCAUGGAUAUCCCCCUGGACCUUUCCUCUUCUGGCUCAGGCAAAAGAAGGCGAAGGGGCAACCUGCCCAAGGAAUCUGUGCAGAUUCUCCGUGAUUGGCUGUAUGAGCACCGAUACAAUGCCUAUCCCUCAGAGCAAGAAAAAGCAUUACUAUCGCAACAAACACACCUAUCUACACUACAGGUCUGUAACUGGUUCAUCAACGCCCGCCGCAGGCUCCUCCCUGACAUGCUAAGAAAGGAUGGCAAAGAUCCAAAUCAAUUCACAAUUUCUCGCCGUGGGGCCAAGAUUUCUGAAGCAAGCUCUGUGGAGUCAGCGAUGGGCAUCAAAAACUUCAUGCCAACUCUAGAGGAGAGCCCGUUUCAUUCCUGUACAGCGGGACCCAACCCAGCCCUAGGAAGGCCACCAUCCCCUAAGCCAUCAUCUCCAGGAUCAAUUCUGGCUCGUCCUUCAGUAAUCUGUCAUACCACUGUGACUGCAUUAAAAGAUGUGCCUUUCUCUCUCUGUCAGCCAGUUGGUGUGGGACAAAACACAGAUAUACAGCAGAUAGCAGCCAGCAACUUUAUAGACACCUCGCUCGUGUACCCAGAGGACACAUGUAAAUCUGGACCAAGCACAAAUACACAAAGUGGUCUUUUCAACACUCCUCCCCCUACUCCACCGGACCUCAAUCAGGAUUUUAGCGGAUUUCAGCUUCUAGUGGAUGUUGCACUCAAACGGGCUGCAGAAAUGGAGCUUCAGGCAAAACUUACAGUGUAACCCUUUUCAAGCAAAACAGUUCUCACAAAUGUUAUGAUUGCCGGGGUGAUGGCAAGAGAUUAAUUGCAUUAUUUUAUAUAUUUUUUUAUUAAUAUUUGCACAUGGGAUUGCUAAAAUGAAGCUUCCUGUUACUGAGAUGUCUUCAAUGGAAUACAGUCAUUCCAACAACUAUAAACUAAAGCUACUGUAGAAACAAAAAGUUUUUUUUUUAAUGUUUCUUGGUAGAUUAUUCAUAAUGUGAGAAUGUUCCCAAAAUCAUGUGAUUUUUUUUUUUUCUCCUCUUCCCUUUUUUUUUUUGUGUUGGUGUUUUUUUUCAGACUGUGCAAUACUUAGAGAACCUAUAGCAUCUUCUCAUUCCCAUGUGGAACAGGAUGCCCACAUACUGUCUAAUAAAUUUUCAAUUUUUUUUCAAACAAGUAUAAAUCUA